CCUUGUUUUUCUCAAGACAAGAAAAAACCAAAACAACAAUGUCUGUCAUCGACAUUCUCUUCCGUGUCGACGACAUAUGCAAAAAAUAUGACAAAUACGACAUUGAUAAACAACGUGAACUCAACGCCUAUGGUGAUGAUGGAUUCGCUCGUCUCUACGCAGCCGUUGAUUCCACUAUUCAACAAGCUCUCAAUAAAUCUGAGGCUGCUUCCAAGGAGACCAACAGGGCAGUUGCUGCGGCUUGGAAUGCCGAGGUUCGUAGAGCCAAGGGGAGAUUGAUGGACGAAGUUCCCAAGCUUACGAAGCUGGUUAAUAAGAAGGUUAAAGGCCUGUCAAGUGAAGACAUAGCCAUUCGAAACGAUCUUGUUCUUGCAUUGCCAGAGAGAAUCCUAUCAAUACCAGAUGGUAUUACUUCUGCUGCUAGUCAUACUGGAGGAACCUCAUCUCAUCCGCAUAUCAAGUUCGAUUCACCAGAGGGACCUCUUGACAGUGACUAUUUCAAUCAAAGUGAAGAAUCCAAUCAGUUUCGAAAUGAAUAUGAAAUGCGCAAGAUCAAACAGGAUGAAGGGCUUGAUAUCAUAUCAGAAGGAUUGGAUACUUUGAAAAAUCUAGCCCUUGAUAUGAAUGAGGAAAUAGAACGUCAAGUUCCUUUAAUGGAUGAAAUGGACGCAAAGGCGGAUAAGGCAAUGAGUGAUUUGAGAAACACUAACUUAAGGCUGAAGAAAACUAUCACUGAGCUAAGGUCUAGUCGAAAUUUCUGCAUCGACAUCAUUCUAUUAUGUGUUCUUCUUGGAAUCGUUAUGUAUUUAUACAAGUAA